GUGUGACUGAGGGCGUUAGUCUGACCAACUCUACCACCUCCACCUAAUCCCCCUUGAGUUAUCUAUAAAAGAGCAGUAGUUUCCCCGGAAGUUGAAAAUCAAAACCAGCAGCAAUGGAUCUUCUCCUUGUAGAGAAAACCCUGAUUGCCUUAUUUGCGGCCAUAAUGGGCGCAAUUGUUAUAUCUAAACUCCGUGGUAAGAAACUGAAGCUCCCUCCGGGGCCCAUUCCGGUUCCUAUCUUCGGCAACUGGCUCCAAGUGGGCGAUGAUCUGAACCACCGCAACUUGACCGAUCUGGCGAAAAAGUUCGGGGAGAUGUUCCUCCUCCGCAUGGGGCAGCGCAACCUGGUUGUGGUGUCAUCCCCUGAACUGGCGAAAGAGGUGCUCCACACCCAGGGAGUUGAAUUUGGAUCUCGAACACGUAACGUGGUCUUCGAUAUCUUCACCGGAAAAGGGCAGGACAUGGUGUUUACCGUCUAUGGUGAGCACUGGCGCAAAAUGCGACGGAUCAUGACCGUCCCCUUCUUCACCAACAAAGUUGUGCAGCAGUACAGGUAUGGGUGGGAGGAUGAGGCAGCGGCGGUUGUGGAGGACGUGAAGAAGAAUCCGGCGGCAGCCAGUGAAGGCGUGGUGAUCCGGAGACGGCUACAGCUGAUGAUGUACAACAAUAUGUUCAGAAUCAUGUUCGAUAGGCGAUUUGAGAGUGAAGAUGAUCCCUUGUUUUUGAAAUUGAAGGCGUUGAACGGUGAGAGGAGUCGAUUGGCGCAGAGCUUCGAGUACAACUAUGGCGAUUUCAUCCCCAUUUUGAGGCCCUUUUUGAGGAAUUAUUUGAAAUUGUGUAAGGAGGUUAAGGAGAAGAGGAUUCAGCUGUUCAAGGACUACUUUGUUGAUGAAAGGAAGAAGCUUGCAAGCACCACGAAGAACCAGCAAAAAUGCGCCAUUGAUCACAUUCUUGAAGCUAAGGAGAAGGGAGAGAUCACUGAAGACAAUGUUCUUUACAUUGUUGAAAACAUCAACGUUGCUGCAAUCGAGACAACUCUAUGGUCAAUUGAAUGGGGAAUCGCAGAGCUCGUGAACCACCCCGAGAUCCAAGCCAAGCUCAGGCAUGAGCUUGACACUAAGCUCGGACCUGGUGUCCAAAUCACUGAGCCUGAUGUUCAGAACCUCCCCUACCUCCAAGCCGUGAUCAAAGAAACCCUUCGUCUACGCAUGGCGAUCCCCCUUCUAGUCCCUCACAUGAACCUCCAUGAUGCUAAGCUCGGUGGGUUUGACAUCCCGGCUGAAAGCAAGAUCUUGGUCAACGCCUGGUGGCUGGCCAACAACCCUGACCAGUGGAAGAAACCGGAGGAGUUUAGGCCCGAGCGGUUUUUGGAAGAGGAAGCGCAUGUUGAAGCGAAUGGGAAUGACUUUAGGUACUUACCGUUUGGAGUCGGGAGGAGAAGUUGCCCUGGGAUUAUUCUGGCAUUGCCAAUCCUUGGUAUUACAAUCGGUCGUUUAGUGCAGAACUUUGAGCUGUUGCCACCACCGGGACAGUCUCAGAUUGAUACAAGCGAGAAGGGCGGGCAGUUCAGUUUACAUAUCUUAAAGCACUCUACCAUCGUUGCUAAACCGCGGUCCAUCUAAAUGUUCUUUUAAUGUUAUAACCAGGUGUUACUAUUGUUGUGUGAUUUAAAGAUUUUGAAUGUACAUCGUUUCAAUUACAAAUAAUUCAGAAACCAUGAUACUAUCUAUAUUAGCAUACUUGAAUACUAAUCAUACUUGAAACAAAUUUGAUAAA